AUGUAUACAGAUCUCCCUCCGUUCACCUCUCACCUCCGUGCCGCCGCAUGUGCAUUGUGUGCCGGUUUUGUCCCUGCCUGUCCAGCGCAGACCCCAAGUUUACGUUGCAAUUUCAAUGCAGCAUGGUCCAAGGCCGCCCCCAGCGAGGAGAUCCCCCGAUGCCUGUGGCAGCAGGAGCGGGUGGUUCUGAUCAGGACUGGUGUCUUUCUCUCCUUCGUUAAGGCUGUCGGGAGCUCCCCCCCGCCCCUUCCAAAUUCGCCGCGCGGCGCGCGAGCGGAGAGCACGGCAGUGGCCCGCCCCUCCCCCCAGACCUCCGGCGGGCCGAUGUUUCGUCUGGUGGGCAAGCUUUCCACCGCCACUACCCUCCUCCUCCUCCUCCUCCUCCUCCUCCUCCUCCUCCUCCUGCUCCUCCUCCUGCUCCUCCCUCUUCUACCUGUGGUAGUGGUGGUGGAAAAAUCGGCCCAUCAGUUUGGCUCCCGUCCGUGA